CUUUGCACUGCGCGCUUCUUCUCCUUCCCCUUUCCCUUCAUUAUUUAUUUUUUAUUCAUUGUUUUCCUCUCUUUUUUUUUUCUCUCCGAUUUCUGAUCGGACGGUUCAAUUCCAUCUUCACCCGCAUGACUAUGAUGACUACUACGCCGUUAGAUCAACAAGAUGAAGAGAUGCUCGUGCCGCCUUCGGAUAUAGUCGAAGGACCUCAGCCAAUGGAAGUUGCUCAAAUCGAGCCAAAUAGUACAGUUGAAAAUCAGCAAGAGGAGGAGCCUCCAUCAAUGAAAUUCACUUGGACAAUUGACAAUUUUUCUAGGCUCAACACCAAGAAGCACUAUUUAGAUAUAUUUGUUGUUGGUGGUUAUAAAUGGCGGAUACUAAUUUUUCCAAAGGGAAACAACGUCGAUCACUUGUCAAUGUAUUUAGAUGUUGCAGAUUCUUCUUCACUGCCGUAUGGUUGGAGUAGAUAUGCUCAAUUUAGCUUGGCAGUGGUUAAUCAAAUCAAUCACAAAUAUUCAAUAAGAAAGGAUACCCAACACCAGUUCAAUGCAAGAGAGAGUGACUGGGGUUUCACAUCAUUUAUGCCUCUCAGCGAUCUUUAUGACCCUAGUAGAGGAUAUCUUGUGAAUGAUAUUGUUGUUAUUGAAGCUGAGGUUGCUGUUCGUAAGAUACUGGAUUAUUGGUCAUAUGACUCAAAGAAAGAAACUGGAUAUGUUGGCCUUAAGAACCAAGGAGCAACUUGUUACAUGAACUCACUCCUACAGACUCUAUACCACAUACCGUACAUCAGAAAGGCUGUAUACCACAUGCCAACAACUGAAAUUGACAUGCCUGUGGGAAGUAUUCCUUUGGCUCUGCAGCGUUUAUUUUAUAAGCUUCAAUAUAAUGACAGUAGUGUUUCAACAAAGGAGUUGACCAAAUCCUUUGGAUGGGAUACAUAUGAUUCUUUUAUGCAACAUGAUGUUCAAGAGCUCAACAGGGUACUCUGUGAAAAGCUUGAAGAUAAAAUGAAGGGAACUGUUGUAGAGGGGACGAUACAGCAGUUGUUUGAGGGUCAUCAUAUGAAUUACAUUGAAUGUAUCAAUGUGGAUUACAAGUCUACAAGAAAGGAAUCAUAUUAUGAUCUUCAGCUUGAUGUGAAAGGCUAUCGGGAUGUUUAUGCUUCUUUUGACAAUUAUGUGGAAGUCGAAUGCCUUGAGGGUGACAACAAGUAUCAUGCUGACGAGCAUGGCUUACAGGAUGCAAAGAAAGGUGUCUUGUUUAUCGACUUUCCCCCUGUUCUUCAACUUCAGCUAAAGCGAUUUGAAUAUGAUUUUAUGCGGGAUACGAUGGUGAAGAUAAAUGACCGCUAUGAAUUUCCUCUUCAACUUGACCUUGAUAGAGAAAACAGGAAGUACUUAUCGCCUGAAGCUGAUAGGACUGUUCGCAACCUUUACACACUUCACAGUGUCUUAGUUCAUAGCGGAGGAGUGCAUGGUGGACAUUACUAUGCUUUUAUCAGGCCAACUCUUUCUGACCAGUGGUACAAAUUUGAUGAUGAACGGGUAACAAAAGAAGAUCUGAAGAGGGCAUUGGAAGAGCAGUAUGGUGGUGAGGAAGAGUUGCCUCCUACCAAUCCUGGGUUCAAUAACACACCUUUCAAAUUUACAAAAUACUCAAAUGCAUACAUGCUUGUCUAUAUUCGUGAAAGUGACAAGGACAAAAUAAUUUGCAAUGUUGAUGAGAAGGACAUUGCCGAACACUUGAGGAUAAGAUUAAAGAAAGAACAAGAAGAGAAGGAAGAGAAAAGGAAAUAUAAAGCACAGGCCCACCUUUAUACCAUUAUAAAGGUUGCAAGAGAUGAAGAUCUUCUAGAACAGAUUGGAAAGGACAUUUAUUUUGAUCUUGUGGAUCAUGACAAAGUUAGGAGUUUCCACAUUCAGAAGCAGACCCCCUUCCAUGUUUUUAAGGAGGAAGCUGCCAAAGAGUUUGGCAUUCCAGUUCAGUAUCAGCGUUUUUGGAUUUGGGCUAAGCGGCAGAACCAUACAUAUCGUCCAAAUAGACCAUUAACUCCUCAGGAGGAGGCUCAAUCUGUUGGACAGUUGAGGGAAGUGUCAAAUAAGGCACAGAAUGCAGAAUUAAAACUAUUCUUGGAAGUUGAACACGACCAGGAUUUACGUCCUCUUCCUAUACCUGAUAAAACAAGGGAAGAUAUUCUGCUUUUCUUCAAGCUUUAUGACCCGAUGAAAGGAGAAUUACGGUAUGUUGGUAGGCUUAUGGUAAAACUUUCUGGUAAGCCUAUAGAAUACACAGCAAAGAUAAAUAAAAUGGCUGACUUCGCUCCUGAUGAAGAAAUAGAGCUGUACGAGGAAAUAAAGUUUGAGCCUUGUGUGAUGUGUGAGCACCUGGAUAAGCGAUGCUCAUUCCGCUCUAGUCAGAUAGAAGAUGGGGAUAUCAUAUGCUUUCAGAAGUCUCCAGUUGAAAAGGUAGAAGCAUGCCGGUAUCCAUAUGUGCCUUCAUUUCUGGAAUAUGUGCACAACCGCCAGAUUGUUCGUUUUCGAUCUCUGGAUAAACCAAAGGAAGAUGACUUCUGUUUAGAAUUAUCAAAGAUACAUACUUAUGAUGAUGUUGUGGAAAGAGUUGCUUGCAAACUUGGUGUGGAUGAUCCAUCCAAAUUCAGGCUCACAUCUCACAAUUGUUACUCUCAACAACCUAAACCUCAAUCUAUUAAAUACCGAGGCAUAGAACAUCUGUCAGAUAUGUUGGUCCACUAUAACCAGACAUCUGACAUUUUGUAUUAUGAAGUUUUGGAUAUUCCUUUGCCAGAAUUGCAAGGUCUGAAGAACCUGAAAGUUGCUUUCUAUCAUGCUACUAAAGACGAAGUGCUAGUUCACAAUAUUAGAUUGCCUAAACAGAGCACUGUCGGAGAUGUAAUUGAUGAACUUAAGACAAAGGUAGAGUUAUCACAUCCAACUGCAGAGCUUAGACUGCUUGAAGUCUUCCAUCACAAGAUCUAUAAGAUAUUUUCGCCCAGUGAAAAGAUUGAUAACAUAAAUGACCAGUAUUGGACAUUGCGUGCUGAAGAGAUCCCGGAAGAAGAGAAGAAUCUUGGUCCCCAGGAUAGGUUGAUCCAUGUUUACCACUUUACCAAAGAGACUGGCCCAAAUCAGAUGCAAGUACAGAACUUUGGCGAGCCCUUUUUCUUGGUCAUUCAUGAAGGUGAAACACUGGCAGAUGCUAAAGUGCGGAUUCAAGCGAAAUUGCAGGUUCCUGAGGAAGAGUUCUCCAAGUGGAAGUUUGCACUGUUGCCUUCGGGGCGACCAGAGUACCUAGAGGACUCCGACAUUUUAUUCAAUCGUUUUCAGCUUCAGAGAAGAGAUGUUUAUGGUGCCUGGGAGCAAUACCUUGGGUUAGAGCACUGUGAUAACAGUCCUAAGAGAGCUUAUGUAAAUCAGAAUCGUCACACAUUUGAGAAACCAGUUAAAAUAUACAACUAAUAGAACAGGUAGUUAUCCGUUAGCAUCGUAGUUGAAGUGGUGAGAUUCUUCAAACGAUGAGCGUUGUUUUGUAGGUAUGGACUUUUACACAUUUGAGGGGAUAUGUCUUUGAUUUGAUAUAAUGGUUUUUUUGGGGAGUUUUAAUACAGCUAUUGUAUGGUUUCUGCUUGGAGGUCUACAAGUGUAAUUUAGCAAUACAUGUGAAGACUCUUUAACAGCGUCUAUACAAAUAGCGGGUAUAGUUUGCAGAUGA